AUGAAUUAAGUCAAUUAAGUCCUUCAAAAACCUUAAAUGUACUUAUUAAAUAUAAAGUAGUGAUUAAAAGGUCUUUGACAGUACAAGUUAUGCACUUCCAAAAAGUGAUUAAAUUACUACUAGAUUAUCUGAAAAUUUCUCUAAAUUUGGUGCCACUUAUUCCUAAUUUACAAUUGCUAUAGUUGUUUUGGGUGGAUUAACAAAUUUAGUAUUCUUAAUUAGUGUAGGAUUAAGUAUUGCCUUGUAUAAAUAUUAUAUUAUUCUUAGUUGGUAUAUUGCUUUAAAAAAUGAUGAUCUAUUAGAUUAUAUUCCUAAUUUUGGUUUCCUAUCAACAGAUAAAAAAAAGGUUGUAUUGUUUUUAUGUAAGAUACUUAACAUAAUUUAGUGAAUGUUCUUAUUUUGUAUAUGUUUUGUGGAGAUUCCAUAUUCACUUAUAUAGGAGUUGGGUAAUAAAAUGAUAUUAAAAUAGAUUCCUUAUAUCAUUUCUUCACUCAUUUUUAUUUGUAUCACCAUCAACAGGAGCUUUAAUUGAUGGAUAAUCUAAUCAACAAACAAAUUAGGAUCUAACAUAAUAUGUAAAUUUUAGUAAUAAUAACAAUAUUGAAUUAUAAUAUAAAUGA